CGCGCCGCGGGAAGGUCGUGCUACACCUCGCGCCGGUCCCUACUUCACGCAAUAAAUAUUUAAUACACAAACUGAUCUCAAACGAUAAACAACAAAUUCAUGAGUGAAAAAUUUAAUCAACUUCAACAAAUAAGGACUAUUACAACCGAGUACGUAACGGACUACAGUGCAGUGAAAUGCUAGGAAGUUUUUCUUCAGCGCUCAAGUGUACCACGUACUUUGUUUCGGAAAUGGUGAUAUCGACCCACGGGGUGUGUUUAUGAGACGUUUUGUGGUGAAAUGAAAAUUCUGUGAUAAUGUACGCUAUAACGGCAGUACUCUGUGCGCUGGUGCACGUCGGUUCGGCGGUGUUGCCCUACGGCUCGGACAAAUGCGUUCGGGUCGCGGACCGCGGAUCGGACGGCGGCGUGCUCUGCAGGAUACGCACUCUGGACGGUGACGGCAGCAGCAUCAUCUCAGUGAAUUCGGACACUAGCCGGCUGGCUAUUGAGUGCAAUCAUCUACUACUUUUUGAAAGCUCUCUAAGGGCUCACUACUUUAGUCCAGUUUCAGCGCUCACCGAACUCACAAUAAACAACUGCAAAUUGCUACAAGUGCCAGACAAUACUUUUCACGAAUUGAAGAAAUUAAAGAAGUUAAAGAUACGCUCCAAGAAUUUCGAGUGGAGUCCUACUAAGAAUUUAGAAUUAUCUCUGAAUGCUUUCAAUGGAUUGUCGGAACUGCAGUCGUUGGAUCUCGCUCAGAAUAACAUAAAAUUUGUUCCUUCCGGCGUGUUCUGCUCUCUGGAAAAUUUGAGCACAUUGAAUUUGACGCACAAUAGAAUAAGAACAGUAGGACAACUUGGAUUCGGACAAGGCUGCGGAUCAAACUUGCACGGCUUAGACUUGAGUUAUAACGAGAUUAAGUCGCUGCCUGAAGAUUCAGAAUUAUUAAAAUUAAGGAGCUUGCAACAUUUAUAUCUACAACAUAAUAAUAUCUCUGACAUAUCAAGUGAGGCUUUCAACGGACUUGUAUCAAUGAGAGUCCUGAACAUAUCACAUAACCACCUACAUACACUGCCCGAAGGCCUUUUUGCUAAUGCUAGAGAAUUAAGAGAAAUAUACCUUAACGAUAAUACUCUAUUUGAAUUGGCUCGAGGAAUAUUUCAUCGCUUGGAACAGCUGAUUGUUUUGGAUUUAUCGAGCAAUCAACUAACUAGUAGUCAUAUUGAUGAUGGAACAUUUUUGGGAUUAAUACGCUUAAUAGUUUUGAACUUAUCCAACAAUGCCUUAACUAGAAUCGACGGAAAAACAUUCAAAGAUCUAUUCUUCCUUCAAAUACUGAACCUGAAGAACAACUCUAUUGGCUACAUCGAAGAUAACGCAUUCCUGCCGCUGUAUAAUCUACAUACGCUAAAUCUAGCGGAGAAUCGGCUUCAUACAAUAGAUGAGAACUUGUUCAACGGUUUAUUUGUUUUAAGCAAAUUGACUCUCAACAACAAUUUGCUUGUAAAUAUUGACCGCAAAGCUUUCAAAAAUUGCUCUGACUUAAAAGAGUUGGAUUUGAGCUCCAAUCAACUUUUAGAGGUUCCCGACGCAUUGUGGGAACUCUCUUUCCUGAAAACACUCGACCUCGGAGAGAAUCAAAUAUCCAACUUCAAAAAUGGUUCCUUCAAAAACCUAAACCAAUUAACGGGACUGAGACUGAUUGACAAUCAAAUUGGGAAUCUCUCCGUCGGAAUGUUUUGGGACUUACCGAGCUUACAAGUGCUUAACAUCGCCAAGAACAAGAUCCAGUCAAUCGAGAGAGGGACUUUUAGCAGAAAUAUGCAACUGGAGGCCAUCCGGCUCGACGGGAAUUUCCUGUCUGACAUCAACGGUGUGUUCUCGACGCUCGCGAGCCUUUUGUGGCUCAAUUUAUCGGAAAAUCAUCUAGUGUGGUUCGAUUACGCGUUUGUGCCCAGCAAUCUAAAGUGGUUAGACAUUCACGGCAAUUUCAUUGAACACUUGGGUAACUACUACAAGUUGCAAGAUGAGAUCCGUAUAAAGACAUUGGACGUUAGCCAUAAUCGUAUAGCGGAAAUAUCGCCGAUGGCGAUUCCUAAUAGUGUUGAACUGUUGUUUAUCAACAAUAACUUUUUAAAUAAUAUUCAUGUGAAUACGUUUUUCGAUAAAAAGAACUUGACGCGUGUGGACAUGUAUGCUAAUGAGCUUGUGCAUUUAGAACUUAAUAGUAUGCGUUUAGCUACAGUGCCGCUCAAUAAAAGUUUACCUGAGUUUUAUAUCGGCGGGAAUCCGUUUCAGUGUGACUGUACUAUGGAGUGGUUACCAAUCAUAAACAAUAUGACCGCUAUGAGACAAUAUCCGCGUGUGAUGGACUUAGAAAAUGUUUUGUGUAAAAUGACGAACACUCGAAGUGGAACUCAUGUGCCCCUAACUAACUUAAAAACAACUGACUUUCUUUGUAAGUAUGAGACUCAUUGUUUUGCAAUCUGUCAUUGCUGCGACUAUGAUGCGUGUGACUGUGAAAUGACAUGCCCUCAAAACUGUACCUGUUACCACGAUCCAUUGUGGAACACCAACGUUGUGGACUGUUCCGGACAAUCGUCAAUAGAAAUACCGCACAAAAUACCCAUGGAUGCAACCGAGGUAUUUUUAGAUGGAAAUAAUAUAAAGGAACUACAAGACCACGUUUUUAUUGGAAGGCAGAAAAUGAGAUCGCUGUACGUGAACAACAGCAACGUCGAUAGCAUACAAAAUCGAACUUUUGCCGGCUUGAAUGCUCUACAAAUUCUACACUUGGGCAACAACAAACUAAAAGAACUGAAAGGGUAUGAAUUCCUACAAUUGAGUAGCUUGAAAGAAUUGUUCUUACAAAACAAUCUCAUUAGCCAUAUCGCUAACAUAUCAUUCCUUUCUUUAAAAUCUUUAGAAGUGUUACGCCUUGACGGCAACAGACUAGUCGAUUUUGGCGUAUGGACUUUUAACAACAACCCUAAUUUAAAAGCUUUGUCACUGGGCAACAACCUGUGGUCUUGCAAAUGUCGCUACUUACAAGAGUUAACUGCAUAUUUGGCUGAGAAUGCGCAAAAAAUCAUCGACAUUACCGACGUAUGGUGUUGGAACGGCGACGCGAAGCCGCCUCAGAAAAAAGAGCUCAAUUUAAACGGUACAGCCUGCAGCGAUUAUUAUGCUGAUAAUUCAGUCAUCGGAAACAUGCUUGUGUCCAACUAUGUUCCCAUGAUGGUCUCGACGCUCACCGGCUUUAUGUUAAUUUUAUUGGCCCUCGUCGUACUAUUCCUUUUUAGAGAUUCACUCAGAGUGUGGCUGUACACAAAUUGUGGCAUAAGAGUGUUCUCGUUCUCGGGCGCAUUUGAAGAGAGCCAAAAAUUAUACGACGCUUAUGUUUGCUACAGCCCGAAAGAUGAAGAAUCUGUCGUUCAGUCACUGGCGAAUGAACUAGAAAACGGGAAUCCAUCAUACCGACUCUGCCUUCAUUAUAGAGACAUUCCACACCACGGCGCUCAGUACAUGCAAUGCGCGCCGCCUGUCGUCGAGACCGCGGAAGCAUCGAAACGAAUAAUCAUCGUGCUAACGAGAAAUUUCAUGCAAACGGAAUGGUCUCGAUACGAAUUCCGUCAGGGGCUGCACGAUGCGUUGAAAGGGUGUAUUUAUAAACUAGUACUAAUAGAAGAAUACUCCGUUGUGGCGGAUGCGAUGUGCGACCCCGAUUUGCGUCCCUAUCUUAAAACGGGGUCGCGGUUACGAUGGGGCGAGAAAAGGUUUUGGAAGCGCCUCAGGUACAUGAUGCCGGAAUCGCAGCCGAAUCAUAAGGCGCGGAGCCACAACUAUAGAAAGAGUUUGAAUACUUAUACGUUAGAUUCGUCGGUGCCUAACGGUGGGAACCGCACGUUGCCUUUCCCUGAAAGAUCACCUGUGUUGGGAGGAGGGCAAGGUGCUAGCGCCCCGCCGGAGUAUAGUAGUGAAGUGCGGCAGUCGCCGUCAGCUGUGAGGCAGACGCAGGCGGUGGCGUACGGGCCAGAUGGAAGGCCGAUCUCAGAUCAUAUUUAUUCAUCAAUAGACUCUGAUUACUCGUCGCUGGAGCACGGCAUGGCCCCGGGCCGGCGGCGGGACAUGCGCCAGUGGCCGCCGCCGCCGCCGCUCGUCGACACGGGCAACGCCGUGCAAGCUUACCUAGUCUAGACGGGCACUCUGCCCACCUUCCAGUCAUAAUUGUAAAUAAAGUAGUCUUAGAAGCGCGCUGUAAAUAUUGUAAUUAUUAGAAUGUAAGUGCUAUACCAAAUGUAUGUAAGUGAACUAUUAUUGCCUGUUCGUUAUCAAGUGUAUAGAUAUUAAAAUUUUAAAGACUGCUGUAGUAUAUGAUUGUAAAUAGCGAAAACAAGUGAUCAUUCUAUAUUAUUAUCAGUAAUAUGGUUAUUUAUACAAAUAAAUUAAAGUGAUGAAGAUUUAUAA